UACAAGACAUUAACAAUAUCUGUACCAAAAGAAUUUAUUUAUAUAGUACAAUUAAACAGACCUGAAAAACUUAAUGCACUAAAUGAUACUAUGUGGAGCUAUAGAUCCAGAAUGUAGAGUAAUAAUUCUCUGCGGUGCUGGUAAAACAUUUUGUGCAGGUAUUGAUGUACAAGAUCUAAUGAAAUUAGGGCAACAAUUAGUAGAACAUGAAGAUGUUGCACGAAAAAGCAAGAUUUUACAAUUAAAAAUAAAAGAUUAUCAAGAGAGCUUUACUGCAAUAGAGAAGUGUCUAAAGCCAGUAAUUGCAGCUGUUCAUGGUCCCUGCAUUGGAGCUGGUGUGGACAUGAUAUCUGCAGCAGAUAUUCGUUAUUGUUCUUCAGAUGCAUGGUUUCAAAUAAAAGAAGUUGCUUUUGGUAUGGCUGCUGAUGUUGGCACAUUGCAAAGAUUUCCAAAAAUUAUAGGUUCUGACAGUUUAGUUAGAGAAUUAGUAUACACUGGAAGAAAAUUUACAGCUACCGAAGCUGUACAACAAGGUUUUGUGAGUCGUUCAUUUGAUAAUCAAGAGAGUUUAUUGAAUAGUUCAAUGGCACUUGCAGAAAAUAUAGCAAAUAAAAGUCCAGUUGCAGUACAGGGUUCAAAAUUAAGCUUAAUUUAUUCAAGAGAUCAUUCUGUUCAAGAGGGUCUGGACCAUAUUGCUAUGCAUAAUCAAAGUAUGCUUUUAAGUGAAGAUUUUGCAAAUGCAGCUGUGUCAGAAGCUACCAAAAAUGAUCCACCAAUAUUUUCUAAAUUGUGA